AUGGCGUUAGUUGGCGAUGAGGAAUUGUUGGUGCUUCCAUUCCGAUGGUUCGUUUACGCUACAGCAAGUUUGCCGCUUACUGCGUUAUUUUUAUGCAUCUCGCUGGCACUGGCACUGCAUUUCAAUGAAGCAACGAGCACCCACUGCGAAGUGGUCAACUAUUUACCGUCCAUUUCGGCUGCUGUCGCAUCGUUCUCGCCCGAACGCUACAUCUGGCGUUUUUUUAUUGCCUUACACUCGGCGCCACGUCUCGUCGCGGCAUUCGCAUUCAGAAAUUUGUUGCUGACUUCACCGCUAAGGCCGCUGAAUGACCGUAUAUGGUUUGAAUUGGGUUGUCAUAUUGCAUGUAUUAUAAAUGUCGCUGAAAGUUUCUCACUUCUUCUGCUAACUUCCAUCUCAUCCACCGAAAACUAUGGUACAUUUAAUACUAUUGCAGUGAUGCAUAGGGUAUCGUUCACGGCAUUUGCUGUGUGUUCAGUUAUAUAUAUGUUUUUUGCAACGGGUUUAUUUCAUUAUUCCGGUAAACGUCGCACAUCCUCGCUCCUGCUGUUUCUCGCCUCUAAAUGUUUCGGAUUUUGUAGGGAUGCGACGUAUUCGUGUUUGGAUUGCGGACAGAAAUUUACCCUGCAAACAUAUAAAAGCCACAUAAAGUGCUUAUCCGAAAACAAAAAAUACGGUGGGAGCAAGUAUGUCGAGAAAGAAAACAAAGGCGAGGUGAAGCAAAGCCGUUGGGUUGAACAGGUGGAACGAGCAAUAGAGAAUGUGCGGGAACCGAGCUUAAAAAAACUUCUUGAGCAAAUCCUUGGCUAUGCCAAUAUACCGAGAAAAGAAGCAAAAUUUAUCAAUUUCCUGCAAAACUCAAGAAACAUUAGGGAUCGAGACAUCUGUACCAGGGCAUGGAAUUGCAUAGCGGAAGAAGCUAAAAAGAUGCAGAAUGGGACGGCUGUGGAACAAAGUAAUAAUCGUAGUGAAGCUGACAACCGAUGCGACGUGGAAGUUUCAUCAAACGCGGAAGAAAAAUUACGAAGCAGUGCUCAUAAAGAAGAGCAAAAUUCAGAAGAAAAGGCUGAGGCAACAACAAGUAAUGGUGUGAAGAAAUUCAAAUGGAAACGUGCCAUUAAACGUAAAUUGGAAGAAGCAAAAGACAAUGAAAUGAAGGUGAAACGAUUGAGAAGCGAAGUGAUCAAGUGCUUUUUGGAGACGAACGGAGACAGCAGCAAUGACGUGGAUUUGAAAGCGAUUUUUAGUGAUAAGCUUCAGAAACUUGGAUUGCAAAUUCACGACAAAAAAGAUUACAGGCGACCAGCACCGUCGCUUUUCGCGUUAUGUAUUCGUCAGCUGGUGUUACAGUCAUCGGCCGACGAUUUUCACAGGCUACCGCAACAUCUCGUUAAUAAAGUAGAGGAUGUACAAAACUUCAUCAGUAAAACUAUACGCUUACACAAGCCCUACGUCUCGAUCGAUCCAUCAUGGAUUUGCAUCAAGGCAAAUGGCUGUCCGGACUGGCCGGCCACCUGCGCCCGGUGUUGCUACGAAUUGUCUCCAGAAGAUGCUUUCGUCUUCGCUGCAAUCAACGGGAUCGCUAGCCGGGUAAGCUAG